ACAUCUAUACUACGACUGCCUAUUGAUUGGGUGACAUUAAGCUGAAGCGGUUUGGUUGAGUAAAUCAUCCAUCAUGGCCACGUUAAAGUGCCAUCGUCUCUCUCUCAACAAAACCUUUCACCCCAUAAGAACAUCACCCUUUUACCACCCCGUUUCCUCAUCUGCCGGUUUUAUCCCAAAAAGUCUCGCCACUUCAAUUUGCACACCUUUCCAUCGAUUAAACGCAAAAAUUUCCAAAUUGAGUUGUACUGUUUCUGCUGACAACAACGCAGUUGUGUCGAAUUUCUCUGUAACUGAUGCCUUCAAACUCACAUAUUUAGAGGGAAAUAGUUGGCUGUGGAGUGUGAGUGGGGCAAACAUAUUGGUUGAUCCAAUUUUGGUAGGUAACUUGGAUUUUGGUAUCCCUUGGCUAUAUGAUGCUUCUAAGAAGGUGUUAAAAAAUUUCCAGCUCAGUGAUCUUCCUGAAAUUGAUUGCAUACUCAUUACUCAAAGCCUUGAUGAUCACUGCCAUCUGAAGACCCUAAAGCCUUUUUCUCAGAAAUUUCCAAAUAUUAGAGUUAUAGCAACUCCUAAUGCCAAGAACUUACUGGACCCUCUUUUCAGAAAUGUUAUAUAUAUAGAACCUGGACAGAGCUCUGAAAUUGAGACAAGUUAUGGUUCUAAGGUCAGGAUUAAGGCUACAGAAGGACCGGUUCUUGGACCACCUUGGCAACGCCCUGAAAAUGGGUAUCUUGUUACAUCUCCACAAGUCCAAUUGUCUCUCUACUAUGAACCUCACUGUGUGUAUAAUCAAAGCUUCAUUGAAAAGGAAAGGGCUGAUAUUGUGAUAACACCUGUUAUAAAACAGUUAUUGCCCAAGUUUACCUUGGUUUCAGGACAAGAUGAUGCAGUGAAACUUGCAAAGCUGCUCCAAGCCAAGUUCGUUGUGCCGAUGAAAAAUGGAGAUCUGGAUAGCAAAGGGCCUCUUGCAAGCAUUGUUCAGUCAGAAGGAACAAUAGAAUCAUUCAAGGAGCUUUUAUCAAAAGAAUUACCAGAUGCAAAGGUUGUAGAGCUUACCCCAGGAGUACCAGUUGAAAUAUCAGGAAAUUAAAUUUGUAGACUUUCUUUGCCCCUUCUUCCAUUUUCUAAGGGGGCCAAAAAUUAAAAUCACACUUCCUUCAGGAUGAAUCUACUUUACUCUCAAUGGUGGAACUAUUCAGUUCAGGAGGGAAAUCCGAAAGGAUGGCUCAAACCAACCCGAUCUUGCUUCAGUUCACUAGUUUUAUGUUUCUGAGCCAUGUCUAAAUUUAAAGAACUGAACUGCUUAUAUAUGCUGAAUAGAACCGUUGAACUGAAUUGUUAGCAAUAACCUUUGGAUAUGGAUCAACUUGUUACUUGUGUAAUUGUUUAUCUCCAAAUGCAAAAAAUGGACUAUGUCUACAACGUUCUCCGU